AUGGACCAGGCUUCUGGUGGUGUGGACAGCACAUCCCCUAUGGAUCAGGGCCCCUCACUCGACGAGAACUAUGAUGUCGUUUCAGAGCUCCAGGGUCGUCAAGGUUGCUUUGAAGGCGAGGACGGAAGUAUCACCAACAUGUCUCUCAAGCCUAUUACCGUCUACAACCACGCCCGUGGCCCCAACCCCAAGAAGCUCAACAUCAUCCUUGAGGAGCUCAAUGUUCCCUACAAGCUGAUUGACAUUGAGAACCCCAAGGAUGAAGAGUUCCGCAAGAUCAACCCCAACGGUCGCCUCCCCGCCAUUGUCGACCCCAACAACAACGACCUCACCCUGUGGGAGUCUGGCGCCAUCGCUGAGUACCUCGUCGAGACCUACGACAAGGAGAACAAGAUCAAUGCCACCGACGCCGCCGACAAGUGGCACCUGAAGCAAUUCCUCCACUUCCAGAUGUCCGGCCAGGGUCCUUACUACGGCCAGGGUGUUUGGUUCCACAAGUUCCAUGCCGAGGACGUUCCCUCUGCCAAGAAGCGCUACCUCGAGCAGAUUGACCGCGUCUGGAGUGUCCUGGACGAGCUCGUCCAGGGCAAACAGUAUCUCCUCGGCAGCAAGCUGACCUACGUCGACCUCUGCUUCGUCCCCUGGGAGUUUACCGCGCAUAGCUUCCUCGGCGACGACCUCAAGGCCGCUGGCCUCGAUGCUGAGAAGAAGUAUCCCAACUACUGGGCCUGGUACCAGCGCCUGCUGGCCCGUCCCUCGGUCAAGAAGACCUACGGACUGUAG